UUUACAAAAUGGCAUGUUUAAGUUUUCACCCAGUGCCAAGUUUUACAUGUCCAACACUUUAGUAUUUGAGCCUUCGGUGUAAAACAGGAGACAAAGUUCAGAUUCACAGAGCUGCUCCUCGUCCUGGAAUGAGUCAAAGGUUGAUAACCGCUCCCUCUUCUCUCUGAUCUCUUAUCUUGUUCCGUCAGUCUAACUUCAGUUAUCAGGAAGUGAAGCUCAGACAGUCGUUGUCACUGAGAGGUGAAAUGGCGCAGAAAGCAGUUCAGCUGGACCGAGAGACUUUCUCUUGUCCGAUCUGUUUGGAUCUACUGAAGGAUCCGGUGGCUACUCCCUGUGGACACAGCUACUGCAAGAACUGUAUUAAAGACCACUGGGACACAGAGCAUGAGAAGAGGAUCUACAGCUGCCCUCAGUGCAGGAAGAGCUUCACACCGAGGCCUGAGCUGCUGAAAAACACCAUGUUAGCAGCUUUAGUGGAGCAGCUGAAGAAGACUGGACUCCAAGCUGCUCCUGCUGAUCUCUGCUAUGCUGGACCUGAAGAUGUGGCCUGUGAUGUCUGCACUGGGAGGAAACUGAGAGCAGUUAAGUCCUGUCUGGUCUGUCUGGCCUCUUACUGUGAGAAACACCUCCAGCCUCAUUAUGAUGUGGCUCCAUUAAAGAAACACAAGCUGGUGGAGCCGUCAGAGAAGCUCCAGGAGAACAUCUGCUCUCGUCACAAUGAGGUGAUGAAGAUGUUCUGCCGUACUGAUCAGCAGUGUAUCUGUUAUCUCUGCUCUGUGGACGAACAUAAAGGCCACGACACAGUGUCAGCUGCAGCAGAGAGGACUGAGAGGCAGAGAGAGCUGGAGGGGAGUCGACACAACAUCCAGCAGAGAAUCCAGGACAGAGAGGAAGAUGUGAAGCUGCUUCAACAGGAGGUGGAGGCCAUCAAUGGCUCUGCUGAUAAAGCAGUGGAGCACAGUGAGAAGAUCUUCACCCAGCUGAUCCGUCUCAUGGAGGAAAGACGCUCUGAUGUGAAGCAGCAGGUCAGAUCCCAGCAGGAAACUGAAGUGAGUCGAGUCAAAGAGCUUCAGGAGAAGCUGGAGCAGGAGAUCACUGAGCUGAAGAGGAAAGACGCUGAGCUGAAGAAGCUCUCACACACAGAGGAUCACAACCAGUUUCUACACAACUACUCCUCACUGUCAGCACUCAGUGAGUCUACACACUCAUCCAGCAUCAACAUCCGUCCUCUCAAGUACUUUGAGGAUGUGACAGCAGCUGUGUCAGAGCUCAGAGACAAACUACAGGACGUCCUGAGAGACACAUGGACCAACAUCUCACUGACAGUGACUGAUGUGGAUGUUUUACCUUCACAACCAGAGAACAUGACCAGAGCUGACUUCUUAAGAUAUUCAUGUGAAAUCACACUGGAUCCAAACACAGCACACAGACGUCUGUUAUUAUCUGAGGGGAACAGAAAAGCAACAAUGAGUCAAGAACAGUCUUAUCCUGAUCAUCCAGACAGAUUCACUGGGUGGGAGCAGGUCCUGAGCAGAGAGAGUCUGACUGGACGUUGUUACUGGGAGGUGGAGUGGAGAGAAGGAGUUGGUGUAGCAGUCGAAUACAAGAAUAUCAGCAGAGCAGGGUGGUCAUAUGAAUGUGGAUUUGGAUUCAAUGACAAAUCUUGGAUGUUAGAUUGUUACACAGACGGUUAUAACUUUUGGCACAACAAAGUCCAAACUCCCGUCUCAGGUCCUCAGUCCUCCAGAGUUGGAGUGUACCUGGAUCACAGUGCAGGUAUUCUGUCCUUCUACAGCGUCUCUGACACCAUGACUCUCCUCCACAGAGUCCAGACCACAUUCACUCAGCCGCUCUAUGCUGGACUUUAUGUUUUUGGUCUUGACUCCACUGCUGAGUUGAUUAAAGUCAAAUAGACAGAAGUCAUGACAGAGGAAACUCUCCAGCUGAACACUUCAUGUUCUCUGGUACAUUUUUAGACUUUGUCUGUAAAAACUUUUGACUCGAACAUGUCGACAACAUGAAACAAGAACUUGGAGCCUGAUUUCAUCCAGCGUCCAGGGUUCUGUUCUGGACUGUUCUGAUGAGAUUUGGCCUCAUUUGAAUAUUUAAUUGUACAUUAACGAUGUGUUUGAUGAUGUAAAUAUGUCAGUAAUCAUCCGGGGAAGUUUGAUGUGAUAUCUGAUGGUUCCUGUCACCUGUGCUGUCUCCGCGGGACUGUGUGUUAAAUUGUGUGUUUUUGUCUUCGUGUUUGUUGCUGAUUGUUGUGGCGUUUCUUCACCUGUCAAUCAAACAUUCUGGGCGGGACUUUGACGUCUUGUCAGCUGUCGUUCUGUAAAUGUUGGAGUUCGUCCAGCAGAACAAAUGUGGUUGUUUUUGUUGACGUGGAUGUUGGAAUGAGGAACUGUGAGAUUUUAUGACAUGUAAUAAUCACGAUCAUAAUCAAUAAGCAGAGCUGAUUAUUGUCUUGUACAUUCUGUGGAUGAAAUCAUUAAACAGACUUUACUGAUGGACAUGUGAACAAACUGAAGCUUUAAAUCAUGAAUAAACAAACGUG